AUUCUGGGACACAAACAGUGGACGAUAUGAAUAGCUUCAGCAUCACAGUUAACAGCACCGACAGCCGUCGUGGAAAAACCCUGACUACGCGAACAGCAGUUAGCAAGUAGCGGGAGGACUAACGGAGUCUUUCUUGUGUCCUUUUUGACUCUUUUUUGUUGAGGUGUCCGACUGAAGCGGUGCCGAAAAUCAGUGACGGGUGUUGAGUGAAAUGCAGUGUUGGACUUUAUCCGUGCAGCGGGUUGGUUAGCUUACCUCAGGAGUAAGUUAGCAUUGCAGUGACUUUUGUUGGUAUUUAUUUGGAUUGAAACGCUGAUGAAACAAAACAAAAAAUUGCGCUGCGCACUCUGGGCUUCACAUCUGUUUAUCCAUUCAUCUUAAUGACGAAAACUCCAAAAAUGGCGAAUAUCAGAGAAAGCCGCAAAACUUGUACUUUUAAUUUGCUGAAUUGGCGUGAUUGUCAGCUGGUGUACCCGAGAUAAGCGUUUCCUUAUCGAGCAGUUAGAAUAAUGGCCAAGAAGAGUGGCUUAAUUGACUGCUGGAGCCAUCCUUUUAAAAGUUUUUGGUAAUUUAAGCUCAACUAUUUCAGAAAUGGACUUUCUCUGGAUGCGCAGAUCAUCUGGAAUAAUCUAGCAUCACCACUAUCCCCAAGUCGGACAGGUCAUUUAAGCCCUUCUGCUGCUCCCCACAGAGUGUUGGAGGGCUAAUAUGUCACUGUCAGGGGCCACAACUGUGCAGCUGUUCACCAAGCUUGCAAGGCAUGCAGUGGGCAAAAUGCAGAUUCAGCUGAACCGCUGGCUCCAGAGGACUGCCACGGAUGAAUGUGACAAAAUCGACAUCCUAAUAUGCAGCACCUUCGAUGAAAGAGCUGUGGGCACAGGGAAGCUUAAUGAAGACCAAGAGGUCCUCGCUGACACAGCGGGGGUGACCUUCACCAGCACUGGAGAAUUCAGACAUCCAUGCUGCAUCACCACCUUCUGCUUCAAGAGCGCCCUGCUGGCCUGCAUCCUGACCGCCCUGUGCUUUUCUUCUGUAGCACUUGUGCGGCAAUACCUCAAGGACCUUCUGCUCUGGGUGGAGAGCUUGGACAGCUUCGUGGGAGCCAUGCUGUUCAUAGUUGGGUUGAUUGUUGUGUCAUUUCCGUGUGGAUGGGGAUACAUUGUCCUUAACGUGGCAGCAGGUUAUCUUUAUGGCUUCGUGCUGGGCAUGGGACUCGUUAUGGUGGGAGUUUUAAUCGGGACGUUCGUGGCACACCUGGUGUGUAAGCGGCUAUUGACUGACUGGGUGCUGAAGAAAGUUGGAAACAGUGAACAGCUCAGUGCCGUCAUACGAGUGGUGGAAGGAGGAAGUGGACUCAAAAUCGUGGCCUUAGCAAGACUCACCCCCAUCCCAUUUGGGCUCCAAAAUGCAGUUUUCUCUAUCACAGAUGUGUCCUUGCCAAACUACCUGGUGGCCUCGUCCGUAGGCCUUCUGCCCACACAGCUUCUUAACUCCUACCUGGGAACCACACUUCGCACCAUGGAGGACGUCAUUGCUGAGCAGAGCAUCAGUGGGUACUUUGUGUUUAGCCUGCAGAUCCUCAUCAGCAUCGGCCUGAUGUUCUACGUGGUGCACCGCGCUCAGGUGGAGCUCAACGCAGCCAUCGCUGCCUGUCAGAUGGAGCUGAAGUCCUCACAAAUGAACGGCUCCUCCACCAACCACAGCAGCUUCACCUACUGCAGCAAAAGGACGACAGCCGCCAACAACAACUGCAUCAAUGUGGUGUGACCUUGAGUGACAGGACUUGAGUCCACGUUCCUGGUCUCCGACUUGUUAGACUGCAACAACAAAGGGAAGCCGGUGUCUUUUGCUCAUGCCGGUAGUGUGGUCUAUCAUUUUCCUGGUGUAUUCUUUCCUCCGCGUGUGUGUGUGGGGGGGUGUUAGCCUUCUGACAGUGUUUUUGUUUUGUAGUUUUAAAGAUCGAGGACCAUGCGCCUUUGACCAAGCGGUGCUGAAGGAAAUGCUGUUUGUUAACAAGAGAGCCGUUCUUUUCUUUUUCAGUCGAGGUACAGGGAAAUGACGGCGCUCAGAACUCAGAGGGGUCCAACACAUCUGCCUGCUGUUGUUAUGAAUGUGCAAUCCAGAUCUUUUUCAAAAGCACCAAGGAAUAAAUGUUCUGUUUGUGUCAGUAAAAACACCAGCCUAUGCACCUUAAUUCAUGCAUCUUAUUUUGUUUUGGUUCAGAUUCAUUUGAUGCUUGUUCUUUUUUUUUUUUUUUUUAAGUGUCUUGUUUUAGGACCAAGUUCCCUGAAGAUUAUGUGACUUCUACUGGACCGCCCAUCUUUGCUUUGAGCUGCUGAAAAAGUGGAUUUCAAACAUGAAAUAAAAAAAAUUCUGCCAAGUAUCUAAAAGCAGCGUGAUCAGCACUAGUGCUGCAGAAGAAACAAGAUGUCACAUUAGAAUUCUGUUUUUUUGCAGCCGUUUUUACUAUAACUUGACUGUUUUCAUGUGGUUAUCAGGUAACUCAUCAAAGGUAAUGACAUUAUUCAAUUUAUUUAAAUUCUGAUCAUUUAGUGCAAUAGAUUUUAACAAAGUGACAUGAAUGUUAUCCAGUGCUGAAACCAAACCAAUCAGAGAUGCUCUCAUGUGUACAAAAAGUCAAUAUUUUAUGUUCUAUUUUUAUGUGCCAUAGGUUCAUAGGAAUAUGAAUUGGUUCUUUUAUCAUUUCCUCAUUGAUGACAACUCAUUUGAGCUGUUUUUGUUGUUUGCACCGUCCAUUUUAACACAAAUAUGAUUUAUUUUUGAAAAACCUGGAUAAAUGAAACUUUGUACGGAGGUUGGCUUGUCAAACACAGAGUUUUAGAAGCUGACAAUCAAACUCGAUGUGGACAAUAUAUACGAAUGUGACAUUAUUGUUUCUUGUUUUUGCAUUUAUUGAUGCUGCUCCUCAGUCUAUCUCUUGUUGAGGAAUAAUAAGGGCUCCCAUACAGAAAAUUCACCUUUCUAACCGUGUAAAUCCGUUUCCCCAUGUUCUGCAUAAUUGUCCUAACAUUUCAUUUUGUCUUACCUUGAAAUACGUUGUUUGUUUAUUCCCUCCUCCCCGAUUAACUUAGCAAUAAUGUUUGACAGUCAAAAGCAAAAAAGCUAUGAAAAAAAUAUAUAUAUAUGUGUAAAAUUCUUAGGAAGUUGUUGCUCAUUCACCGUGUGGAAGGAUUUCUUUGUGUUACAGUGUUAAACCUGCCUUUUACCUCCUGCUGCCUCUGACUUACAUGUUUGCCUCUGCCGUCGAAAGACGUGUGGACAUUAAAUGCAACGUUCUCACUUUUCCAGCUUUUCUGUUUAGAGUCCCAGAACACAGUCAGCCUUAAGUUGCAAAAACGUCCUCAUCAUUUUCUGAUUUCCACCUCAAAGGAUUUCACGAUAAAAGCAUAGAUGCAAAUACUUAUGGCUGAUCUAGUGUAAGAAAUUUGGGUUUUUUUUACCCCCACCUUUUCGAUGUGUAGAAACCUGUUUCUGAUGUCCGUACAAAUGUCACCUCAGAGGGACCGUUCCACACCAAACUUGUGUGAGGAGUCUGCUCAGAAGUUUACGUUUAUUGCAAAAAUCCAGUGCAUGUCAGCCCUCUGGACUUCCCUCAUACCAUUUUAGUUUCUCAGCUGGGAUUUCAAAAACUUUGAGUUCAUGAGAAAAUCUGUGAUUUGUAACAAGCUUUGGUUCUUCCGACGUGGGCUCAACUUUACUUAGAUAUAGUUAUGCAAAAACUGAUUCCUUAUGGGAGUAUGUUUCAUAGACGGAGACUUGACUGCGGCUGUUGUAGAACAGCCUCAUGCUUAGGUCACUUUUGAAGCUGUGAAACACAAUACUUCCCUAAUUGUAUCAAGUGCAUUACACACAUAUACUGUAUUUUGUAAUACAGAGAAUUUUACAGUGUAUAAAUGGAAUUUAUCACUGUAUAAUGCUUGUUCAUGUUAUUUAUGAAAGAUGGAAUAAAACUUCUCUGAAUUUGUUAA